AUGGCCUUCUACGAGGAGCAGUUUUGGCAGACCGGACAGUUUCUCAGCGACUUCGCAGCCCCGCUCUUGUUCUUAUUUGCGACAGUCUCUCUGAUCCUGUCGGCGUUGCAGGUGGUCUUGGCCUCAAAGUCUGGCAAUUGCGAGGAAAGAUGGGAAGCCAUGUCAAAUGGAAGCGCCUGGUCUGCAAUUAUGGUCAUUGCCGCUGUUGUCGCGGUGUUUGCUGGCUUGACCUUCAUUGGUGGUAGCGUCAUGCUGUGGCAGGUCCAUUUUGGCUAUCGGUCGUGGAGGAAAAGUCGUUCAGGGAGCAGGCAGCUGCAACGGCCAUGA